GUCCCACUCUUCCUUCCGACUCCCCUCUCGCAGACUCGCGCUCCCUCUCCCGCCUCUCUCGCUUCCUCCGCCGAAACCCCAAAAACCCUCGCGCAGAGCGCCGCUGAUCCUUCGUCCGUGCCGGUGGGAUGACUGGGAAGCGAGUUGCUGGCGGCGAUGGGCGAGAGGAGGACGGCGCCAAGGUCGGGCUCCCGGCGAUGGACCUCGCCCUCGCGUUCCCGCAGGCGACGCCGGCCUCCAUUUUUCCGCCCUCCGUAUCGGACUACUACCAGUUUGAUGAUUUGCUGACUAGUGAAGAGUGCUCUAUCAGGAAGAAGGUCAGGGGUAUUAUGGAGAAAGAAAUUGCUCCCAUUAUGGCAGAGUACUGGGAAAAGGCAGAGUUUCCAUUUAAUGCCAUUCCUAAACUUGCAAGCCUUGGCGUUGCUGGAGGUACAAUAAAGGGUUAUGGGUGCCCAGGACUCUCAAUUACAGCUAGUGCUAUUACUAUGGCAGAAAUUGCACGGGUAGAUGCAAGCUGUUCCACAUUUAUCCUUGUCCACUCCUCUCUCGCGAUGGUGACAAUAGCUCUUUGUGGAUCUGAGGCUCAGAAGCAGAAUUACCUGUCAUCCCUUGCUCAACUUACUACUGUUGGCUGUUGGGCAUUAACAGAGCCAAAUUACGGAAGUGAUGCAAGCUCCUUGAGAACAACAGCGACCAAGGUACCUGGUGGAUGGCACAUAGAUGGUCAAAAGCGCUGGAUAGGCAACAGUACAUUUGCUGAUGUGCUUGUGGUAUUAGCUAGGAAUGCAGAUACGAAACAACUAAAUGGGUUUAUUGUGAGGAAAGGAGCUCCUGGUUUGAAAGCUACAAAGAUUGAGAACAAAAUUGGUCUAAGGAUGGUUCAGAACGGUGAUAUAGUUUUUAAUAAAGUGUUUGUCCCUGAGGAGGAUAGAUUGCCAGGUGUCAAUUCAUUUCAGGAUAUAAGCAAGGUCCUUGCAAUUUCGCGUAUUAUGGUGGCAUGGCAACCAAUCGGCAUAUCAAUGGGGGUCUUCGAUAUGUGCCAUCGAUACCUGAAAGAAAGGAAGCAGUUUGGAGUUCCUCUGGCGGCUUUCCAGCUGAACCAAGAGAAACUUGUCCGGAUGCUCGGUAACAUCCAAUCGAUGCUUCUUGUUGGCUGGCGCCUAUGCAAGCUUUACGAGUCGGGGAAAAUGACGCCGGGCCACGCCAGUCUAGGAAAGGCUUGGACCUCCAGGACGGCCCGCGUGGUGGUUUCCCUCGGCCGAGAGUUGUUGGGUGGAAAUGGGAUUCUGGCCGAUUUCCUGGUGGCAAAGGCGUUCUGCGACCUGGAGCCCAUCUACUCGUACGAGGGCACGUACGACAUCAACAGCCUGGUGACCGGCAGGGAGAUCACCGGGAUCGCGAGCUUCAAGCCCGCCACGUCAGCGAGAGCCCGGUUGUGAUUUCUACGGCAGGAAGAAAAGGAACACGGCUGUGCCGGUUCUUCUCGUGCCGGUACCUGUGCAGAAGCAAAUAAAAUUCAGGUCCUGCUCGUGCCGUGAUGGUUGGUGCUACACGAGACGGGAGCAGCCGCGGUGUGACCUGACGCGGACGAGACGGCGUUCCCUGCAAGUGCCUGGAAACCGGCGGUCAAUGUUGGCUGCUCAUGAAGUCACGAUGUACCUGGUGGACGACCCCAAAACGCAUAAGGAUAUUUUGUUGAGCCUUGUUGCCGGAA